AUGCUAUGGUAUUCUGCCCGAAACAUCCACGAUUCGGGAAGACAGUUCCUGGCCCCGUUCCCUGAGGCCCCGCUUCUCAGAUGGCUCCGCGAGCACACAGACUGCUCUCUCCUGAUCGCAAGCAUGUACGGAGGCACCACCACCAGCAAAUGUCAGGAGCCGCCAGCUCAAGCCCCGAAUUUCGAAUGCGCCUCCAUGCCUACUACCGCGAUGCAUACCGUUGGAAUUAGGGCACUAGCAGGUAGCGAACGCAAUGUCUAUUUCGUCCAGAACGUCAUUACUGCGUACACGACAUUGUGGAUAUAUGCUUCAAGUUUCAUCCGUUACCUAAGCUUCCUGAUCAAUGUCUACAGCUUGCUCUUGUCAGCCUGGGCUCCUAAUGAAGAGCCAUCGCAACCCCAGAUCUACCCCAUCCGAUGCUCCGCCCUUCCAAAAGCAGUAUGUGGUAAUCCGGGAUACUCCGUUACGGGGAAGCACAAGCGCAUCGCGCACGACCAAGCUGAUACUUCCCUGUAA